AUGUGGCGCGCCAUCAAACACCGGCCCGCAGCGGCGACGACGUUGAAGGCGACAUUUCGGCGCCGCUUUCUGUCAACACCGCCAUCCUCGCUAGCAGCACCAUCGACCCAACGAUACGAAGUUGGAUCGGUGAUCCACGGGUUUGAAGUACUCAAGAAGCAACUUGUCCCAGAGUACUCGGUGACCGCGGUGCAACUCCAGCAUGUUGCGACGAAAGCAGAGUACCUCCACAUCGACACUGUGGAUUCAAACAAUGUCUUCAGUAUCAACUUUCGGACGCCGCCAUACUCGUCGAACGGCAUUGCACACAUUCUGGAACACCUUGUGCUAUGCGGCUCGAAGCGCUACCCGGUGCGUGACCCGUUCUUCAACAUGCUCAAGCGCAGUUUAAACAACUUCAUGAACGCGAUGACUGCCAACGAUCACACGAUGUAUCCGUUUGCGACGACAAAUGCCAAGGACUUUGAGAACCUCCUGGGCGUGUACUUGGACGCUGUCUUCUUCCCGACGUUGCACCCGUUGGAUUUCUCCCAGGAAGGCCAUCGCGUCGAGUGGAGUGAUGAUAAUUCGACGCUCCAGUUCAAAGGGGUUGUGCUGAACGAGAUGAAAGGGGUCAUGUCCGACAGCCAGAACCUUUUUUCGACGCGGUUGCAACAAGAUCUCAUGCAAGGCACAAUCUACCAGCACCUGAGCGGCGGCGAUCCUUCCACCGACUUGACAUCGCUCACGUACGACGAGUUGGUCGCGUUCCACCGGUCCAAGUACCAUCCGUCCAACUGCUUGUUUUACUCGUACGGGAACUUUGCGCUGGAGGACCACUUGGAAACGAUCGACAAGACGGUGCUGUCCCAGUUCGACGCAUCGGACUCUGUCCCGCCGGUAAUAAUUAGUCCACUCCCUGAGGGCGUCGCGCCGACCUCUUCUGAGCGCCACAUCACCGGUCCCGAUGACGGAGUUAGCCCCACGGCCGCGUCCCAAACCAAGUGGUGCCGCGCCCACAUUGUGCCUGGCUUGCUCAGCACAGACUCGUUCGAGUGCUUUGUGCUUCGGCUCCUGUCGUACUUGCUCUUAAACGGCCCGUCGGCGCCACUCUACCAAGCACUCAUCACGUCCGAGCUGGCCGUCGACUUUGCCGCCGGCACGGGCUUGGACACGUCGACUCUGAACCCGUCGUUUGGGGUGGGAGUCGAAGGCUUUGAUGACCUCGACACGAUCAAGGCCACGAUCGACGCAACGUUGAAGGACGUUGUGCGAGAUGGAUUUGACCAAGCUCGAAUCGACGCUGUCUUGCAUCAAAUCGAGUUGAGCCAGAAGCACAUUGUCGGUCGUUUUGGCAUGUCCCUGUUGCGCGCCGUGACGAGCACUUGGUGUCACCGUGGCGACUACCUGGACAACCUGUCGAUCAACCCAGUGUUGGAUCGAUUUCACAACGAAAUGGCGGCCAACCCACGAUACCUUCAAGACAUGCUGGACAAGUACAUUGUGCAGCCUCACUUGGCCACGAGCGUCGCGCUCCUCAUGACCCCGUCCACGUCGUUCGUGUCGGAGCAAGAAGCCAAAGAGCGUCGUACAUUGGACGAGAUGGCUGCCAACUUGUCGGACGACGACAAAAACGCCAUCGCGUCCCAAGCAAAGGUGUUGGCAGAACAUCAACAGCAAGUGCCCAACGUCGACUGCCUCCCGACCUUGACGGUGCAAGACAUUCCGCGCUUGCAGCCGCGGCUGGACGUAUCAACGUCAGCGGACACUGGCGCGCAGUUUGUGCCGCAAACGACCAACGAAAUCACGUACAUUCGCAUGAAGUUUGACACGGCAGACGUCCCAUCCGACCUCCGCUGGUUCCUCCCGUUGUUUUCAGCGAUGCUGGGGCAACUCGGGACGUCCAAACACGCAUUCUACGACAUUGGCACAGUGUUGCAGACCGUCAGUGGCGGCGUCAGCUGUAGUCACUUGAUCCUGCCGGACACGCAUGACAUCGACGCGCAUGCCGAGUCGCUUGUCGUGGAAUCGCUGUGUCUACCGCACCAUAUCUCGUCGACGCUGUCGUUGCUCGAGCAACUCUUCUCGGACACGCAAUACACGUCGCCGGACAACUUGCAGCAGAUCAAAUCGCUUCUUGUGAGUGCGUCGGCGUCGGCGAAUGCCAGCAUCGCGUCCAGCGGCCAUGCCUUGGCUGGGUACCGCGCUCAAUUGGGAAUGACGUCCCACGCCGUGUUGUCCGAACGAGCCCGUGGAUUGACAUCGAUGGACGCGCUGCAGCGUUGGGUCGAUGCCGUCGAAGCGGACCCGGCGGCGUUGGAAGCGCUCGCGUCGAUCUUUCGCCACCUGGCCGGAAUUUGCUUUCGCCGACACCGCAUGCAACUCAGUGUUGUGACGGAGCCGUCCUUGAUCAACCAAGUCGACACCCACCUGGCCAACAUGACGUGGCAACUUUCUUCAGACGCACAUUUCAAGCUCGACGACGUCGUCGCGGCGUUGGGACUGCCCACCGGCCCGGACGCUGCCGUCGUACCAGACAAGGCCUUCUUUGGAUACCCCAUCGCGGUCAACUUUAACGUGCUGUCGUUUGCAAGCGUUCCGUUGUUUCAUGCGGACCACGCGCCACUGUCGGUCUUGGGCCAAGUGCUGUCGUCGUGCCACUUGCAUCAGCACGUCCGGGAGCGGGGCGGGGCAUACGGCUGCAGCGCUGCUCAGGUAUGUAUCGACUCGAUUUUCGGCAUUCGUCUGGGUGGAUGCAGUUUGAAAUCCGCGUCGCAUUCGCGGGCAUGUUCUAUGCCGACCAUGACGCACACGGCCCGCACGUGUUGGUCGAGUGAAAAUCUUUUCAGUCGAUUGCAAUCCGUGCCGUUGAAAUUCAACGAGGGCUUCGGCAUCGUGUGUGGCGAGGCGAGGGAGUGUUUACGAUGAGUUCGUACUUUGACCCGCACACGACCCAAACGUUUGAAGCGUACGAAGACGCGGUGCGGUACGCUGUCGACGGCAAGUUUACCGACGCGGACGUGAACCAAGCGCUGCUCGCGACGUUUUCGGGCAUCGAUGCGCCGCAGGCCCCGUCUGCCAAGGGCAAAGGACUCUUUACGAGGGGCUUUACGUACGACAUGCUGCAAGUGCGUCGGUCGCAACUGCUCCAAGUCACCCGCGCGGAUCUCAUGCGCGUCGCAGCGACGCAUUUGGCCAACGAGACGGUCGUGCGGCGCGCUGUGGUUGUCGGCAAGGAAGAAGGCCGCGAUGACCUCGAACGCCGCGGGUUUCAAUAGAUGCCAUGCACGAAAGACUUCGGACGAAAAUUCAAGCUCGUCGUUCUCGUUG